AUGGCUCCAAACGUUGGCCUGGGCACUCAAGGUCCCGUUGCACGUGGAUGGGGCAUCUGGCUCACCAGUGUGAUAGCCGUCAUAGUCGCAGGGCUCUUUGUCGGUGCACGCUUUGCUCAGCGGUUUGUUAAGAAAAGUGGAUUGGGAGUGGAUGACUAUAUGAUCAUUGCAGCCUUGUUAUCGUCGAUAAUACUCACGGUCACAGAAUGCCAAGCUGUGGUAUAUGGUUAUGGAAGACCUUGGAAGACAUUGCCUAUGGAGACUCGCCUUACCGCCCGCAAGUGGUUCUAUGGAGCAAACAUUAUCUAUAAGAUAGUCCUCAUGUUCAACAAAGUAUCGGUAGUGUGCCUCUAUUAUCGCAUCUUCGCUGUGACAACGAGCUCCUUCCGCAUCGCUUGUCAUAUCAUGAACACGUGGAUCGUUGUCACGGGACUUUCUUUCGCCAUUGCCACGGUCUUCCAGUGCACACCUAUUGCCGCCUUUUGGGAUCACAGCAUAAAGGGUGCUAAGUGCUUCAAGAAUGAACCCUGGUGGAUUUCUUAUGCCACCGUUCAAAUUAGCACAGACUUCAUGCUUCUAGCUAUGCCCGCUCGACAAAUCAUGAAACUCUCCAUGGGAAAAGCUGAGAAGUUGGGUAUAGCACUCGUGUUUGGCACUGGCGGGUUCGUUACUUUCGCGUCCAUAUAUCGUGCCACAACGAUUGCAAGAUCGGCGAGCAAUCCUGACCCGACCCUGGGACCCGUUCCAGCCACGAUAUGGUCAGUCAUCGAAGCAAACGCGGGCAUCGUUUGCGCCUGUCUCCCAAUGCUCCGCGCUCCGUUCUUACGCCUCUUCGGUCCCCUCUUCACCUCUCGCGUAGGUAGCAAGGCAAGCACAAAUCGUCGAUCGUAUCCAGCGGACUGGAAAAGCGACCAUCAUCUAGAACCAGUCGAGUCUACCAACAAAAGCAGCGCGUCUCAGUUCCAACCUGGAUCUGAACGCGGCAGCGAAGACGAAAUUAUCACAGAGCGAAGAUUACAGCCCCAGGGCCCUAGCGCGAUACACCGCCGCGGAAGUGACAUGUUCAUUAAAAAGGAGUUCAGCAUUGAGAGGAGUGUCUCACAGAGGAUGGAGACUGAGCCAAAGCAAGUCAAUCAGGACGAAGUUUCUGCUACAACGAGGGCCAAUCAAAAUAAGUCGGACGAUAGUAGUGCUUCUUACCAUGUCUAA